CAUCAAUCCAAAAUUUUGCAUUGUUCUGAGAUCGCCCCCCACGAAGGCUAGGUAUUCAACAAGCAGGUCAAGCUUGCAACCACCCUCGCUCCUCACCAUCUGAUCACGACCGCUGCGGAUUCCUCUACGUCUUUUAGCCCACCAUGUCUGACUACGGCGACGAAGGCGGCGCUGAGCCGAUGGACGAGCCCGCCUUCGAGGAGGAUGAGCUCCAGGACUACUAUGAUCCUGAGACAGUAGUCGAGGGCGAAGAUGAAGGCGAGCCGCGGCCCGAGGACGACAACGCCGAAAACGACCACGUGAUAGUGUCGGGCGACCCCAACGCCGUCGCGAACCAGGCCAAGGGGGGUGAGAAGUCCCACAGAGACAAGAGGGUCCCGAACGACCAGCGCAUGACGACCCCGUUCAUGACCAAGUACGAGAAGGCGCGCAUUCUGGGCACGCGGGCGCUACAGAUCAGCAUGAAUGCCCCUGUGCUUGUCGACCUCGAGGGCGAGACCGAUCCGCUCCAGAUCGCCAUCAAGGAGCUGCAGGAGAAAAAGAUCCCUCUCAUUGUCCGCCGAUAUUUGCCGGAUGGAUCCUACGAGGACUGGACUUGCGAGGAACUUCUCCAAUGAAAAGUCACUUGCACAGUAGUUAGGACGGGAUCUGGGCGUGGGCUACUGGCAAAUUGCCUGGACAAUUAUAGUCCCUCUUGUAUGGUGGUAAGGGGGAAGGUAAAAUGCAUUAGCGAUGGCGUUACGGAUAACAACUUACAAUGGAUCUGGACAUUUGACUUUGUAUCUUGAUGUACCUGGAUGUCCUCGCCUACGGCCAGCAUUUGUUCAGUCCUCCCCUCGCCCUCAAUGGUCCCAUGGGUUUCUCGUGGUUUCCGGCGCC